UUACAAAGAUCGUUUUCUUUCUAAAAUAUGAAUCUUGAAUUAUUAGAUCCUUGGGAGCAGGAAUAUCCUCAGAUUAUUGAAGAAACACUUGAAGACGGCUAUGUCCUCAACUGUAAAUUCAAUCGACGUGGUACUCUAUUAGCAGCUGGCUGUUUAGAUGGGCGCUGUGUUGUUUGGGAUUUUGAUACAAAAGGUGUUUCGCGUAAUUUGAUCGGACAUGUUAAGCCAGUAGCAAAUAUAAGUUGGUCUCACAAUGGACGUUUUCUCUUAUCUGCAUCAAAAGAUUGGACUUGUAUCUAUUGGGAUCUCGUCCAUGGCACGAAAAAGACAAAGAUUCGAUUUGACACACCACUUAUGAUGGCCCAUAUGCAUCCAAAGAACAAUAAGCGUUUUGUAGCAGCCUUGUUUCAAGAAAAUCCAGUGAUAGUAGACAUUGAAAAUGAUACAUUUACCAAGAUAGAUUUACCAACAGAAGUAGAAGAUGACCCUAAUACAAAAAUAUCAUUUUAUGUGACAGCAGUCAUAUGGAAUAAAACAGGCAACCGAAUAUAUACAGGAACAUCAAAGGGUCAUUUGAAUAUCAUUGACGUAGAAUCUAACAAGAUUGUCUAUAGUACACGCAUUGCCAAUACAACAAUAAAGAAUAUUCAACUAAGCAGAAAUGGACGUGAUAUGCUGAUUAAUGCCAAUGAUCGCGUUAUACGGUAUUAUCGAAUAGAUGAAAAAGAAGGUAUUCCUGAGUUAUGUAACAAGUUUCAAGACUUGGUCAAUCGCAUUCAAUGGAGUCAGAGCUGCUUUAGUGCUGAUGGCGAAUUUGUGAUUGGUGGUUCAGGGCAUAGAGCAGAACACAAUAUAUACAUUUGGGAUAAGAAUAUGGGCAAUUUAGUCAAGAUAUUAGAAGGACCUAAAGAGCCAUUAGACGAUAUUGCUUGGCACCCUGUUAGACCUAUCAUUGGCUCUGUUAGUAGUUUUGGUAACAUUUAUAUCUGGACAUCCAAGCAUGAAGAAAAUUGGAGUGCAUUUGCACCUGAUUUUAUUGAGUUAGAGGAGAAUCUAGAGUAUGAAGAGAAAGAAGACGAGUUUGAUGUAGUCCCAGAAGAUGAGAAAUCCAUGCAAAAGCAAGUAGAUGAAGACAUUGCAGUAGAUGUGACUACAUGCGAAACAAUACAAGCAUUUAUUGAUUCAGAUCAAGAUGAAGACGAAGUAUUCUAUUUGUCUCCUUUACCCUUUGAAGAUGAAGACGAAGAUGGCCAUAAGGCUGCAAAUCUUAGUAGUGAUGAAGAGUUUGCCAAAAAAUCACUCAAAAAGAAGUUUCUUAAAAAGAAAAAGAAGGGUUCGCUUGAAGCAAUGGACGAUAGACCUAGAAAACUACUCAAGAAAUAAACAUAUGUGUGUUACAUACUGGCUUUAAA